UUACGCAGCUCCGUAACUAUGCCUGCCAUCACUGUACCUGGAUGAGACGGUUCUGCAUCCAGCUGUGUUCUCGCGCACCGUUCCGAAGCGUGUCAGGCGCGACCCAGGACAAUACUCAGCGGCGGCUGCCUCCUCGUUAACCGUGAAGGUUGUCGAAAAAAAGAUACAGGUGUCCCCCGAGACCGGGUUGCUGCCUGGCGAUGAGAUGAGAGGGGCUCUCCGCAUCUGUUGCCUGGGUGAAUUCAUUAACACGUUAGCAUCCAGCUAGCUAGCCAGAUUCCAAGGUACCUGACACAACGAACUGUACGUUAAGUUUCACCGAAAAAGCACGAAUGUCAUGUCUCGUUCCUAGUGGACAGCGCUCGACAUGAAUCUUCAGUAAAUACCGGGUACGGUUACGGGGCGAUACAUUACGUCCAGAGAAAAAGACGGACCUAAAGGUGUGGGAAUGGGUUUCAUGAAAUGCUAGGUAGCUAACGGGAGCUAGCAGGCUAGCUGCAUGGAAACACAGUUGUAGGCUAUGCGGCUGCUGCUGCAGAGCGUAGCUUGUAGCUGCAUACCCUGCUAGCUACAAUGGACUGUUGGUUUCCUAUUAAGCCUGACGGUGUCUCAGAUAGAUAAAUACAAUGAUACUACUACUUUCGAUAGGCAGCUAGAAGGGCGACGCGACAAUGGAGUCUUUCCUGCAGAUUGCUCCUCAUUCCCUGGCUAUAGUGCUGUCCAGGGUCGGGGCUGCGGAGGCGGUGGGGGCGGCCGGGGUGUUAGAGAGCGACGCGCUGCCAAGACACCACACCGGCUACGAGAUUUUUGCCGAUUUCAAAGCAGAAAAUACCCAGCAACAUGUCUGGAACCAGAGGAUUACCGAGGCGGUGUCCGAGACCUUCUUCCUGGGAUGGAUAGACGAACAUGUGUUGCUGAUCCAGGGGAAGGAGGACCAUCUGGAGGUGCUGAGGGAGGGAUGGAUGCGGAGGUCCCUCAAUCCGCCACGGGGAUUCACCAUCAAAUACCUGGGUGAUGUGUCGCCAAUCAGUAUGUCCCCCAUCAGCCAAUCCCAGUUCAUCCCUUUGGGAGAGGUAUUGCUAUUGGCUAUCUCUGCUAUGAACUCCGCCCACAAGCCUGUCACUCAGGAGGCCCUAACUGAACACCUGCAGACAUGUUUUCCAGGUGUUCCCACACCAACGGAGGAGGUUCUGCACCACACGCUAGGCAUGCUGGUCCGUGAGCGGAAGAUCUACCCGACACCCGACGGAUAUUUUAUUGUGACCCCUCAGACUUACUUCAUCACUCCGAGCCUGAUCCGAACCAGCUCCAAGUGGUACCACUUAGACGAGCGAUCCGCCGACCGACACCAACAGCAGCAGCAUCAGAACCAGCAGCAGCAUCAGCAGACGCAGUGCACCUCCCCUCUCUCUGGCACCAUCACCCCAUCCACCUCUGGAGCCGUGCGAGAUCGAACACACCCAAAGUCCAGCCAGAACCACAGUGCGGGAGGCGGUGGAGGGGAUUCUUUUUACAACAACAGUUACCGUGGAGACGACCCUCCCAGCCACCACACCACCCUGCAGCGUCGAUCUCCCAAGGACCACCGGGAGGCGUACUCGUCCCCGCAUUCCCCGCAAACACCUCCUCAGCAAGCAGGAGGCAACACAGAAAAGAGUCGCAGCACCCUAGGGUUCCCCUUCAAGACGGAUACGCUCACCAAGCACCGAAGCGGGGGAGGAGGAGGGGGAGGAGCAGGGGGAGGAGGAGGAGGGACAGGAGAGACAGAGAAACAAGCAGGUGGGGGAAGUGGUACAGGAAGUCGGAAAUUUGGUUUAAAGCUGUUUCGUCUGAGCUUUAAGAAGGACAAGGCCAAGCAGCUGGCCACCUUCUCUGCACAGUUCCCCCCUGAGGAGUGGCCGCUCCGCGACGAGGAGGCACCCAGCCAGCUGCCACGCCAUGUAGAGAUGGAGAUCAUCCGCAGAAUCAACCCUGAUCUCACUGUGGAGAACCUCGCCCGGCACACAGCGGUCAUGAAGCGCCUCGAAGAGGAGCGUGCCCAGAGGAGCAAAGCGUCGUCUGCCAAUCAGAGCUCCAGGAGUAGGAGAAGUGGGGGGAGACACAGGAAACCAUCUCAGACCAAACUCAGCCGCUCACAUAGCAAGACGAGGGCAUCCCGCGGCGAGCCAAGCGACGGCUCCCACCUGGAGCUUGCCGACAGGGACUACAGAGCCUACUCGUCCUCACUGGCUCGGUCACCGAGGGAACACGCCCUGGCCAUGGAGCGGCAACGGGCCCGCCUUCACCUGGCACACAGCAACCCCAACAUCCUCGACUCCUCCCACCUGCCUGUCACGCCAGAGUGGGAUGUGUCCGGAGAGCUUGCCAAGCGGCGCACCGAAAUGCCUUUCCCUGAGCCAAGCCAUGGCCCGUCAGCCCACCACUCCAAAGUCCACCGCUCGCACUCCCACACCCAGGAGAGGAAGUCUAGGAACGAACGCAGCGACAAGGCCAAGGAACGCUCCAGAUCCAUGGACAAUUCUAAAGGACCACUUGGAGCUGGGUUGAUUGGACCACCCGAUUAUUACGACGACCGGAGCCGUUACUAUACUGACGAUGGCACCCUGCGAGCCAAUCAGAGCUCUUCUCACUACUCUCGAGCCACCCCACCCUCAGCUAAACUGCCUGUGGAUUCUUUGGGGUUGGAUGGUGGCAGGAGUUUAGAGAAGAGUAAGAGCAGGGACAGCUUGCCGGCAUACUCGCCCAAACCACUGCUCACCGCCGUCCCUCCUGAUGAUUACUUCCAAUGUGCAGGUUCCUCCGAGCCUGCUCUUACAGGAGCAAACCCAAUGGGAACUCUAGGCAAAAGUAGCCAUGAUGGAUUAAAACUAGGCAGCGCUGACAGGCAAACAGACAGACAGACACCCCAUCCUCUAGAAAAUAAGGAGGACUUGUCAAAGGUGGGACCUAAGGGUGGCAGCCUGCCUCCAAUACCCCUCUCUAUCCCUGACCCACCACUUCCUAAUGGACGCCCUCCCCACAGUGCCUCCUCUGGUCAGGAGAAACGUAAGGAGAUCUUUAGUAAAGACACACUCUUCAAACCUCCUCCUAGCCUCCCUUUGCCCGGCUACAGCUCCCUGAGAAAACCCCAAGCCCUCGCCUCCUCUACUCUGUCCUCGUCCUGUGAUGCACUUGAUUCCCAGGAGGCCUUUGACGCUCCCAAACCUCUGGUGGCUACACAGUCUGCUCCCCCACAGGGGAUUGAACCCUCUACCAGUGCUGCAGAGGCUUCCUUUGACUACUACAACGUCUCUGACGACGAGGAACUCGAGGAGGGGGGGACUAAAAGUCGAGGAGAGGACGAGAAGGCUGGAGGAGGGGUUGUUGGGAUGGGAGGAGGUGGAGCAGGGACGAUGCAGUGGCUGCUGGAGAGAGAGAAGGAAAGGGAUCUACAGAGGAGGUUUGAAAGAACCCUCACCUUCCCUGGUGCUAAAGAGAACCUUCCAGAGCCCAGUCAGAACCAGCAGUCAGCCCACUCUGCUCGACUCGACAGUAUGGACUCCAGCUCCGUCACUGUUGACAGUGGAUUCAACUCCCCGCGGACAAGAGAGAGCCUAGCGUCCAACACCUCUUCCAUCGUGGAGAGUAACCGUCGACAGAACCUCGCGCUGAGUCCCGGGCAUCUCGGCAUCACUACCGGCACGGGCCCCCCGUUCUCCUUCCGCGCCAUCCCAGAACCUUCCGGCACCCAACCAGAAAAGCUCCAGAAGCCCAGCGCUUGCCUUGCGUCAAUCACCAGCGUCUAGGGGCAGAACUAAGGGCUGGGCGGAGCGCCGAGAGAGCCGAUGGAGAGGGGCCCCCCCCCCCGAGGACUGUUACAUCUUUAGACUGACUGAAUCAGUGGAGCUGCCACAGGCCCACUGUGGAACUAUAGCUAUUAACACACACACACACACACACACACACACACACACACACAAACGCACACACACUUGAACAGAUACAUACAGAGAAAUUUAGACCACCACAAAACUACUCUCUUUCUCUCUCUCACACACAGACAUAAUACACACCAGGCCACUGGGCAGACUCUGACCAUGUCAUUCUACAGCCUCUAGUUUACACACUGCUGUUGUGUUGUUUCACUUUCACGUGGGUUCUUGUGUGUGUGUGUGUGUGUGCGUGUGUGUGUGCGCGUGUGCGUGUGCGUGGGCUAUGUUUGUACAAUCUGUAAUCUCAGGUCAUGUUAUUUCCACUCUCAUUCCAGCUGCUCCAGAUAAGCGCAUCUCCCUCUAGUGGUGUCUCCUGGUAUUAGACACUGAAGAGAUGCAGCUCUGCUGACUACUGUUACUAAUGGUACACACAUUCUCACUGAUCCAGCUACUCACUUGUCUCCGUUAGGCUCUUCUCUAAAUUCACCACUGGCAGACACCGUGUAAGGUGCAGUGCCACAAGAAAUUGCAACGAACACCCUUGACCAUCACUCCAAAGUGCAUCAACAAUGUGAAGGGGUUAGACAGUCAAAUGAGUAACCUGGGCUGUUUUUACUCUAACACGCUGUAGAAUGAAGCUGAGCAGUUCUUGUAUCUGUUGGAUGCCAUGAUGCCCAUUUCAAACUGCCGGAGCUCUGUGGUCUCCUCCACUGUUGUCAGAUUAUAUCGACAGCCUGAGGCGUAGCUCCAGGGAUGAGAUUUUUGAUUACAGAUCUUCCUCCACUUUUUUCUUUUCUUUUUUACGUUGCCCCUCAUGUCCAACUGGAUGCAAGCUGUAUCAUGUUUCCGCUUUGUGUUGGCUGUUGCGAACAAUCAUUUGCUAUUUCCGGACACAUGCUCUCUUCUCCUCUCCACUCCACUAUCGUAACAGGCUGUAAGGGAUAAGAUAAAUAUGAAAAUACACAAAAUUAUAAGAAAACACUGCAUAGCUGUCAGGGCCACUGUAAAUAAGGCUUUACAGCAGCACAGAGACAGACUGAGAGGUAAGAAAACAAAUAAAGAACUAUUUAAAGACAUAAAAAAUAUUAAUAUGACGCUGAAGUUUGCUUCUGAUUCACAGCCUUGUUUUCACUAGUUAGGAGAAAGUUAAGGGAGACCUAACUUGGUAUUGCUCAGCGACAGAUCCUGCAUUUUUUUGCUCCUCUUACUGUUGUAAAAGCGUGUUAGUGAUUUUAGGUAAAACAUUAAAGUUGCCUGAAACUGAGAUGUGGGAAAGCUUUUUCUACUUGUAAAAAUAAAUUUUAAAAAAUAGAGAGAUUUUCCAGAUCACAAACCCGCUUUACUUUGGCGCCCGGGUAGCUCAGUUGGUAGAGCAGGCGCCCAUAUAUAGAGGUUUAGUCCUUGAAGCAGCUGCCGCAGGUUUGACUCCAACCUGCUGCCCUAUGCUUCAUGUCAUCCCCCCCCCCCCUCUCUUUCUCUCCCCCUUCAUGUCAUGUCAGCUGUCCGAUAAAUAAAGGUUUAAGAUGCAAAAAAAGGAAGAAAAAAAAACUUAAACUGGUCAAAUCAGGACUAUAUUAUCCCAGAGAUGCUAGAGACACAGUUUAUAGAUAUACAGGUAUUUGUGAAAAUACACACUAAAAGGGGGAUUUCACUGCUUGCCUCACACUGGACCAGUGCCAGACCAAAACCACUAAACCUAGACUCGUCACAUCUGCAGUACACCAUCCUAGAAAAGAUGAAGAUUAUCCAAGAUAAUUUCGGAUUUGUGAAGUCUUUAUUGGGGUCUUAAUGUGAAAUCUCCCUACUUUGCAUUCUUCACAAAUGGAAUAGAGCUUUCACAAGUCUCAAAAAGUCAAACAAAAAAAGUGGGUUUCGGACAACUUAAAUGCUUUACCUAAAAUCACUUUCACAAGAGAAAACAGGAUCAGUCGCUCAGCACCGUUAUGCUUCCCUUAGCUUUCCCCUUAACUGCCCAAUUGGAAGCUAACUUCAGCAUUGUGAUAAUAAUGAUUUUAGAGGUGACCUUAAAAGAGGAAUAUCCAGUACACAAUAUAAGUAAGUUUAUAUAUACAGUGUAUAAAUGCCUAUAUGUAUUGAAAUUAAUAUUUAAUGACAUGCUGCAUUUUGUACUGACUUUGUCUUUAUGUACAUAUAGCAAAGCAGUCUUGUUUGUUUGUAGAGUCACUUCACCAAGCGAUGCUACCGAGCCACGGCCGAGCGACGUACGUCUCCGCGACGCGUAGUGACAUUUUUCAAGAAGUGCACGGCUGGCUACGACUUGGGUUGGUGUCUCCAUGUACCAACCUACGUAGCGAUGGCGUAGAUUUCACGCAAAGUAUAAAUCAAGCUUUAACGGUAGACAGAGGCUACUCAUGAAGUUACUUUGGUUUCAAAGGAACUCAUCAGUUCAGGGCGAUUGUUCCCCAUUCAAGUAGGAUUAUGCCGAUCACGUUCCUAACGCAGUAUUUAAUGGCUCAUUCAUAAAGGGUCUAUGAACUAGCCAUUGUGGCUUUUGGAGCCGUCACCUUGCUUCAGUAUGACACUCCCCGCCAUGUGGCAACAUCACUGCAGGACCUCAAACAACAUGUAUGACACAAAAAGCCCCCAGACAGAGAAAAUCCAUUGGUUUUGCCUUGACCACCAUGUAAUGCUACACAUUCAGUUGACGUGAGAGGAGGGUGGGGAGUGGGUGGAGAGAAAGCACCUGAAGCCGACUGCAGCUGCAUCCAGAGGACAUAAGGGGUUACGAUCAUGUUCCUGUCGCGUUUCACAGCUAACUAGCAUAUAUCACUGACCAUUUCCAGUAGAUGGGAAGUGAAUUUGAAAUGAAAUGUAUGAAUCCUGACAUCGGAAAGCGCAGACGCUGCUGCAGGUUGUCCAAAUAUACAUUCAUGAGGAGGAGCAGCUGCACUGGCACUUGAGGUGGCUGAGCGUCCAACAGAGAAUUUGAGACAUGGAGGGGAUUCAGAAAACUAAACCAGACCAGUGUUAUACACAACAAGCAGGGAUGUGACUUUGUUGUUUUUCGGGUUUUUUUCAGUAUUUCUUUAGUGAUACACAACUUUAUUGUUUAUUUACAUUUCUAUCCAGUUCAUAACUACUUGAGUUUUUUCGUCAAACUGUUUGAAUCCCUGAGCCACUCUCACUCCUGGUGCUAAGAUGUAUCAUGGUCAGCGAUGGCCAUGAUAGUAGUCAUAAUAAAAAGGGUGAUGAGAGAGUUGGAAAAUAGUAAAUGGUUGCUUACACUUAUAAUAGGUUUCACCUGCAUACUUUUGGCUGUGGCCAUUUAGUCCCUUCUGUGAAGCAUGUGGGUGAACUGGGAUUAGAAAGUGACGGAAGAGGCGUACAGGGCGACAGCUGACUACGGCACAGGGAGAUGUGAAAUAAGACCUACAGUACAUUCAAAAUGUGUUGGUUUCACAGUAACUAGACCUGAGCUGAGCUGGAUUUACCUAAAUUGGAUAAAAAUCCUGCAGUCCUAUAGGUCAAUAAUUUCCCAUCCUCCUAUAGGCUCAGGGAGCUGUCAGUCACCCCAGUGUUGUCGUCCUAUAGGCUCCUCUACAACUACCUCCACAGCAGCAAAAACACAGCCCGUCCUUUCUACUAUCACACUGUCAUCAGCCUCUAGCCUGUGAAUGUCUGCACGCACACACACACACACACACACACACACACACACACAAAUAUACAUACAUACACACUAACACACUACACAUCAAAGUGCUGGACUCCCUAUUGUUUCCCUUUCUUCACCAACAAGGCUUCUUCUAAUGGUAAAUGAUAACAUUGUGGUUCAGCUGCCAACCCCCCACCCCAAAAACACACACACACACGCAGUCCUUCUCAUCCUCCUUAUUACGACCAUUAGUGGUACAUAACUUCCUCUGCAGAACGUACCACUGUCCGAGUCCCAGAAAGAGACCCCAAACAGUGUUGGCCUUCUCACCAAUAAGACGUGUAACACAAUGUCCUGACAUACAGCUAUGCAAGCUAGCCCGCUGUGACGAGGCACAACAGAGUAAAUAUCAGAUUCAGUGAGGAUAUGCACUCUGUAAGACGUCAGAUAUACUCCAAAGCCAGUUCCUCAUGGGCAUACAUUUUGGCUGUCUGCAUGUCAGACAUGAGCUGCAGGUGUAGUUUACGUCACAUGGACCCUCACAGCUACGUGUGAAGUACAAAAUUAGCCUUGAGGGGGUUCACAAUGCUUAAAACAAACUAGUUCAUACAAUGUGUUGUCUGACCAUGUCUACAGUCGGUGCAUCUACCUUUUCUGAAUUGCAACUCCCGCCUUUUAAGUGUGCUCUUAAUUUCCACUUUGGAAGGCCCAGCAUUUGAAAAGUUUGAUGUCACACGAUCCGACAAGCACUUCAUUUGAAGCUUACUGGCCCUCAGUAAAAGCUACAAGUGUAGCUGCUUUUGGUUAAAGGGUGCUGUGUAUCAAGAUACUUGUUGCUCUCACCUUGAGUUAACUUGUUCGCUGUAUGGUAGGACCAAAUGAUUUUUUAUAACAAUUCUAUUCGUUUUCAUGGAUUUCCCCGUGUUCGCUCAAUGUGAGGUGCUCAGUUUCCUCCGCCCUACAGUCCUUGCUGCGGCUAACUAUAGUGUUGGCCUGGCAACUGUGUAGGCGCCAUGACGACCAGUAGGAGACAUUAGCGUAACGACAAGGACAAGAACCCUCACUGGCUUCCCACCUGUGAACACGUGUUUGUGGGAAUCAAACUCCUGAAUUGGUAGAUUGGAACUUUAACUCUUUCCCGCCAGGUUCAUUUGGCCAUCACGACCUUUACAAAUGUAACAAGCACUUCUGUUAUGAGAACUUCCUUUAAGAACUAGUUGAAUGGUUCUGUGUGUGGCGUAAGAAGGUAUUAUCCGUACUACUGGAGUAGGAUUCUACUCCCUGACAUACUGUUGGGUUUUAGUUCUCCUUCUACCAACGCAUUCGUUCCUACUCUAUGUCGCAACUACACAAGGGUACAACCUCAUGUCUUAGGAGGAAAAUGUUCAGUAUGCUACACUUCAAACUGCUAAUACUAGGGCUUUACCCUCUUCUGCCUCUGUACCAGGGGACUGGUUUAUAAUUUUUCCCCAACGAACUGUUUCUGUUCUACAAAUAUGGUCACUAUUUAUAGUCUGUUCCACUGCUGUUCUUGGGUUUUAGUCCCCGGGACGUUUGGACUAAAAUUAAAAUCCAACAGACUAAAACUACCACUAAGUCAGAUUUGUCUCCAGUCUUUAAGUAGCCUGUAGUUUACAAUGUCAGCAGGGGUGUAAUACCACUUAAGGGUUUUAGUUCCUUUUUUGUCAAUAUAUUCUAGGAGUAUAUUGUAACUGUAAUAGGGUUCAUGCCCCUGCGCUAGCCCAACAGUUGGCUUCCAAUCCAUUCUAUAAGCCCAUUGCCGUAGGGCUUUAUCCAUUACUACAUCAUUGUAGUAGGAUUGUAGUCCCCGAAACCUCUACAGAAGGGUUUUAGUGCAAGUGGUACCCUUGUCGUUGGGCGUUCUCCCCUAUUCCUGUGAAUCUCCAAGUGGGGUCCCCCAGGGGCUCGUGGCCUUCUGUCAGGGGUCCACGAAAGGUUUUCACAUUCAUUCAUUUAAAUCGUAUCAUGAUAUAAAACAGUUAUUUAUUUUUCCUAAAGGCUUCAUAGUUAAAUAAAUAAAAUAUUAAAUUUUUUAAUCAAAUAUUUCAUAGAUUACGUUCUAAUAAUCUAAUCUAACAAAUCUAUAACUCUUAAAAACUGCAAAUAUGUUUGAUGCAUGUCUAAUAUGUUUGCAAGACAUUUCUCGUGUGUUCGCGUACCCAAGACUAUAGAAGUGUAAAGAAUAGGCUACGUCCAAUUAUUCCAAAGGAGAUACAGUACGUGGGGGGGGGGGUAUAUUCUUUAUCUUGUAAGGAGUCCUUGGUGUAAAAACAGAUUGGGAACCUCUGCCCUAAUCUAUGACUAUGGGAAGAUGCAUAGACAGUGAAGGAUAUACUGGAUCCAGAUUCUGGGAGUUAAGUUCUAGUCUCUGUUCCACCUUCACCAUUCAGAGGGUGCUGUUCCUACAAAUAUAACCAUUUCAGUCCCUGUUGUACCACUAAUCUUGGGUUUAACACUACAGUUGAGUUCCUGUCCUUACAGUGGACUUUAAUCUCUAUUGUACCACAUUUCAGGGCUUUUAGCUCCUGUUCCACAGCCACAGUGGGGUUCUUGUCCCUGUUCCACCAGUAAAUUAGGGAUGUAGUCUCCUGCCUGGUGGAGGUCAUGGGUUCCAUCCUUCAUGUCUGAUGAUUGCACUGCCCCCUAUUCAGCUACUGUCUGGCCCAGUGGCCCCCUAUCAACCCCUGGUCCCCUCCAGCCACAGUCCUGCAACCUUCCAUCCCUUUUCUACACUGACAGUCCAUGAAAUGUCUUCCCUUAACAUCGGUGGUGGUUUAUAAAAAUGGAGGUUCAACAAUAACAUUGUUUCUAACGGUGACGGUAUGUCAUACCUGUAAAUGAUGUUUAUCUGUCAUGCCUAGUCAAAUAAUUUAAACAAUAAAAAGAGGGAUUUUUUUAAAUGUCUAUAAUAUCUGAAAGUCCCUUUGAUGUGUAGUACUGGUGUUACCAUUGUUGUAGUGUAUGUGAUACCCUAUUGGGAUUGUGUUACUUUUUAAGAUAAUAAAAUAACAAUGUUUGGUUA